AUGCAACAAAACGACCAAUUGUCACCUGGCUAUGGCUAUGAGCCACCAGUCUUCGAUCGAAGCACAAUCCCUGAAUCACUUCAGCUCACCAACGGCGAACGAUACAGUGUUCGUGGAUUGUUCGGUCGUGGCGGUUUCAGUACUGUCUACCGUGCGUACCAGCGAAUAACCCAGGACCCACAUAUUAACUUGUUGUCUUUGCAUUCUUCCGGUAAAUUGAUCAAUCCACCACGAGGUUGCUCAGAAGACGUUAUCAUCACCGAACCCUGUGGUCCCUCUAUCAGAGAUAUUAUGACAAGAGCUAGUAUGGAUGCCGGUUAUGGACAAAUGGCUACUUUCUCGAUCAGUGAUAUCAAACAAAUUGGAAGACAAAUUGGAGAGGCGUUGUUCCAUUUGGAAAAGCUUCAAAUUUACCACUUGGACAUCAAAGCUGCCAACGUGACAUUCACCAACACCAACGUCAAAUACAAAGUAGAUUCCAAUUCGACCAUCCCGAUAAUCACAAUGAGUGAACUCCAAAUUAAACUCAUCGAUUAUGGAAACUCAAUGUCUCACUGGGCACCUGGAACCGCAAGACCUAUGCUUGCUCAGCCACAAAAUUCCAGAGCACCAGAAGUUUUCAUGGCCAUAUUCACUCAUCAAAGUGGCGCGUCACAGAACGAGAAACAACAGUCACAAUUCGAAUAUAUGGUUUCGACAAUGAAUGCGACCAUUCCGGAGGAAAUGAUUGAGAUGUCGAGACAUGGAAGAAGAUGUCAGCUAAACUUCGAUUUCCUCAAAAAUCGCCAAGAAAACAACAAUCAGGAUUUAUUGAUGAAUUUGAUGCGUGAAGACACGGAUCUUCCAUUGUUCGAAUUUCUGAAGUUCGUCCUCAUCUUCAAUCCAACCCAGAGACCAUCAUUCGAAGAAGUCCUCAACCACGAAUUCCUCACAAACUUCUAA